CUAUGAAAAUUUUCGGAAUCCGCCACUACAACCCAUCCAACUUUUCAACCACAAACCAACAAAACUCUUAAGCCCACCGCGUAUCUGCUUAAACAAAACUGAACCCUCAAAACCAUGUGGUCUUUUGAAUCAAUUUGAAUAUGUGGUCUUUUGAAAUUUAUGUUGUAAAUCUAUAAAAACCGGCCCAACCAAAGGUCUGAUUUAUUUGGACAUAAGGUCGAAUCGAAGAUGGAUGUCGGUUCAAUAAAUUUUGACUAGAUCCUAACGCUUUGUAGCUGAAAUUACCUCAUCAUAGAUUCAAUAAUUCAUAGGCACUAUCCAUAAAUUGGAGGUACUCAUAGAGACAACGAGUUCGUUGGUGAAAAAUUAGAGAUGUAAAAUUGAAAUACAUACAAGAAUCAAAUAGUUAGAUUAAAUAUUUUUUGAGCCGAUAUUCAGAAAAUUUCAGGACCACAUUUGUUAACUCUCAAAUUUUAUCAUCAUUAAAACUUUCCAAUUUAUUAUGUGAACAAAUUUCCCCUUUUUUUAUGGAAAAAAAAGCCAUAUAUCAUUUCGGGAGAAAGAAAAGCUUGUCAUCCUGAAAUUUAUUAAGGUUGUCCCAUUAUCUUUGUCACCUUAACUAUAUGGCCAUUCCUCCGCCAUGGUUUCCCUGCUCCCACUUCCACAGCUCCACGUACUACCUCCUCUCCUCCCACCUACCAUUCCGCCAGUCCAAUGGCAAAGGCAAUCCCUCUCACAUCCUCACAAUAAAAUAAUACUCCACCUUACCAAAUAAUUUGGAAUAUUCUACCCACAGAAAAAGAGAGGAAAAAAUAAGCUUAUAAUAAUUUACAAUCUUUCAACAUUUAUAUCAGACUUUGAUUCCCACUGAGAGAAGAGAGUCAUAGAGCAGCUCUCAUUCCAGGCAAAGACCUUGGAGCUAGCUAGAGCUUCCAUGGAUCCACAGAAAUGGAUCCUCUCUUUCACCCUCAUCUGCAUUCUCGGCGUCUCCGUCUUCAUGCUCUCCGCCAUGGAUUCUUCCACAAUCCGUACUGAAAUCAUUGGGAAGCUGAACCGGGUUGUACCCGACGGUUUAGGCGGGUGGUCGGCGGCGUUGACCAGUCAACCUUCCGGCAAGAAGCUGAAGGGGAACAAGCUCCUCCCGGUGCAAGUCAACUUGACGGUCUGCCUCCCCACAUUCGGCCGACCCGGAAAACCCGUUUACUGCUGCCCGCCCCGAAACAUGCUCGACGACCCGAUCGUCGACUUCGAGUUCCCCGACCCGGCCACGACCCCGAUUCGGGUCCGCCGAUUCGCCCACCGCCUCGACGAAGAAUCCAUAGCGAAGUACGAGAAGGCGGUCUCCAUCAUGAGAUCUCUCCCCUACUCCGACCCGAGGAGCUUCACCCGGCAGGCGAAUCUCCACUGCCAGUACUGUACCGGGUCGUUUCUCCAGCAGCAUUCAACCCUCCCGGUUCGGGUCCACAAGACCUGGAUCUUCUUCCCCUGGCACCGGAUGCUGCUCUAUUUCCACGAGAAGAUCCUCGGGAGCUUAAUCGGCGACGACACUUUUGCAAUUCCGUUCUGGCCUUGGGAUCUGCCCGACGGGAUGACGCUCCCGGCGUUUUACCUAAACGGGUCGUUCAUCAACCACCAGCGCGACCCGACCCAUUUCCCGCCCGCGGUUGCAGAUCUGGACUUCCAAUUGGCCCCCGGCGGGACCAGCCCGGAGGAGCAGACGGAUCUGAACCUGGCCCUGAUGUACAAUCAGAUGGUCUCCGGCGCCAAGACGGCGGAGCUGUUCAUGGGCUGCGCCUAUAAAACAGGGGAAGGCGGCGAUUGCUUCGGACCCGGGACCAUGGAGCGGGCCCCGCACAACACGAUUCACAAGUGGGUCGGGUCGGCUUUUCACACCGGGCGGGAGGAUAUGGGUGUUUUCUACUCCGCCGCGAGGGACCCGAGCUUCUACGCCCACCACUCCAACAUAGACCGGCUCUGGGAGGUCUGGCGGGCGACCCACCCGGAGGUCAACGACCCGGAGUUCCUCGACUCGUACAUGUACUUCCACGACGACACGAGCCGGUUGGUCCGGAUCCGGUUCAGGGACGUCAUGGACAUCGACAAGCUCCGGUACCGGUACGAGGGCGUAGAGAACACGUGGCUUGCCGCCCGGCCCAAGCCCUCGGUCUCUCCCCGGCUCGCCCGGAGAGAGAUCAGGAAGAGGGAGAAGGAGCAGAACGUUGUCGAGCUCCCGACCGGGAGCCAAUUCGGUCCCACCGGUAGGGUUCUCGACUCGACCGUGACGGUCCGGGUGGUCCGACCGAGAGAGGUUCGGAGCAGGGCACGCAGGGAGAAGGCGCAACUAGAAGAAAUCUUGGUCGUGGAAGGGAUCGAUGUGAAGGCAGACGAUUUCGUGAAGUUCGACGUCUACAUUAACGUUGUGGACAGUACGAUUAUGAGUCCCAAGUACCGGGAAUUCGUCGGGACGUUCGUCGACAUCCCGUCGGGUUCGUCGGUGGGGAAGAAGAUCACGUUGAAGCUUGGGUUAUCGGAGGCCUUGGAGGAUUUGGAAGCGGACCAGGAUAGGGCGAUUUGGGUGACGUUAUUGCCGAGGACUGAAAGUUGCAAUAAGGUAAUAGUUGACGGGUUGAGCAUUCAAUUUACUAGGAAAUGAAGGGACGUAGGUUGGUUGCAUUUAAUUAUCGUCAUUUACCAUUUCAUUUAUUACUCUAUUUGAAUGGCGUCGGACCAUUAUAAAUGUGGUUAAUGGGCUCUAUUAUUUGUAUUGUUAGAGGCAACUGGGAGGGAUGUUUUUGUAUGAAUUAAUUAUAUGGGGUACCAUUUUGGUUAAUGUGGGUAAUUUAUGGGACCAUGUUAGGCGGGUCGUUGUCAACAAAAGGGACAAAUGUCUUUGAUAAUAAUUUAUGUUAUAUAUAAUAUACUGAUGUUCUUUGCAAGUUGAAAGCAGUGUUCAUUAAGCCGUACCGUAUCGGCGGUUCAAUCACGAAAUACCAGUAUCGGAGGCAAAACCGAUAUGCGACAUUUACCGGUAUAACGGUUGAACUACGGUUAAACCACGAUUUUACCAUAAAAUACCUUACCGCUGACUUUCCCGAUACGGUCUCCGGUACGGUUUCAUGGACCAUGGUUGAAAGGAACGUAUUGAGGAAAGAUUGUAAAUUUAGAGUAGUGGCAUGGAACAAAAACAUUAAUAAGAA